UCUCUAAUUUGUCUGGUCAGUGUGCAGUGAUGGUUCUCAGCCCUUCUGACCAUCUUCGACACGGGAGGUGGGAAACCAGACGCUGUGUUGCACAUGCCUUCACCGAAGCCAUGGGCUUCUUCUGCAAAUACAGCCAGGAUUUCUGUGAACCACCAGCUCCCAUGGAGUUCCCUCUCCCUGGUGGGAUGGGCCCAUAUGCCACAGUUGACAUUGUGUUCUCCUUGUCCCACUAUUUCUCAUGUGCAGUGGUGCUGACGAAGACCUCCAACAAGGCAGCUCUCUUGCAGCUGAGGCUGGCCUCCAAUACCACACAUGUAUAUGGCAGUGUUUCUGCUGAAUUCACAGGCUCCUUGGUGGAGAAAGACUUAGUGCCUGUUCCCUUUUCCACUGGUCUCAAUAGCUGGGGAUUCAUCACCUUUCCGGCUGGCAUGGUCGGUUUCUUCAACUAUCAGGAGCAUUUCCGAAUCUUCAGUAACCAGGACGUCUCGUUUGCCAGUCUGGGCUCCUUGCAGAUAUCUGGGGUGGCUGUGGCUAACGUGUGCCUAGGUAGAAUGCACAAGCUGCGGUGUGCCAGGAAUGGAAAUCAGAAGAAUGGCCUGGCUCCCUUCUGGCCCAGGCCAGGAGCGUCUAAAAUCUGUUCCAACCCUGGGGCUGUUUAAUGUCAAGUCACAGUAUCUGUCCAUUUCCCAGUGUCAGGUGCUAACCACAUCAGCUUACCGCUGCAGCUGGCACUAAUUGGUUGCUGGGCUGAUGAUCCCAGCACAAGGCAGGGCGGGCU